AUGUUUAAAAUUCAGAUAAGAUCCCCAGCUGGUCUCGGUGACAAAACAGGAUCUACUUUCGACGCCUCGUGGAAGAUAUUGGAGGAUGCAAUAGAAAUGAUAUUCAGCGGCCGUUCGAGUGAAUUAUCUUUCGAAGUACUGUUCCGCACUGUAUAUAGUGUGGUAUUAAGGAAACAGGGAGAGCAGCUGUAUGAAAGAAUCCACGACGCAAUCGAUCGCAAACUCCGAAGCGUCAAAACUUCGAGUCUAAAUGUCAAAUCAACUUCUCUACUUGAUGACAUUUUGCACGCCUGGAAUGUGCAACGUGAGUCCCUUCGUGUGAUAAGCGAUGUGACAAUGUACCUGGACAAAGUCUAUUGCAAGGAAAGCCGGAAACCUUUCGUCUACGACAUGGGAAUCGAUCUUUUUCACAACAUCAUUAUGAAAUCCUCCAAAGAUCAGCUAUACGGUCUCAUUAUGGGACAAAUCAAUAAUGCCCGACAGUCUAUCGCAGAUGUAGACUUUCAGCAAUUGAAAUAUUUAGUAGAGAUGAUGGAAACAGUCGCAAACACAAGUGAUACCUAUUUUCUUGCUGAAUUCGAGCCAUUCCUUCUCCGCGAGACGCAAGCAUUUUACAGCAGGGUUGCAGAAGAAUAUGAGGGCGAACUUUUCACCUAUCCAAGCACUGUUGAAACACUGCUGACCAAAGAGCAAGAAAUCGAUGCCAAAUUUCUUGGUGACAGCGUUAGGCUCAAAAUUUCAAAAGAAAUACGAGGUGCAUUGAUCUCAGAAAAUAUUCAAUUUGUUGGGAUGCAAGUGCUCCCUAGUAUUCUAGACAGUAACAGAUUCACAGAGCUUAAACUAUUAUUUGAGUUGUGCGAUAAUUCAAAUGAUAGAAAGAAAAUAUGGAAGCACUUAUCUCAAUGUAUCACCAAGGAAGGUUUAAACAUUAAUGAAGAUUUGACUUUAAAGAAGAAGUCUCAGGUAGCCGUGAGAUGGAUUGCUGAAGUUAUAAAACUGAAUGAGAAAUACGAGGGGUUUUUCAAUACCUUGCCUACGAGUGAGCCAAACGGCCUCAAAUAUAUUAACGAGGCAACAUCUGCGUUCCUAAACCAGAAUGGUAAAACUUCGGCAGAAUACUUGGCCAUUUAUAUUGAUUCUAUGCUUCGCUUACCGAGCGAAGAAGGUGAUAUGACUAAAGACCGGCUUGGAAAAAGCGUCAAAGUAUUUAGACUUUUGAGACAGAAAGACGUCUUCGAGAAGUUAUACCACCAGCAGUUGUCUAAACGGCUUCUUCAGCAGCGAUCCUCUUUGGAAUCAGAGAAGAAUUUUUUAGCAAUAAUGGAGGAAGAAGCUGGCGCCAUGUUCGCCUUGAAACCAGACGGCAUGUUCAGGGACCUUUUGCUGUCACAAAGCAACAACCAAAAAUUCAGACAGUCUUAUAAUGUACCAUUUGAGUUCGAGAUGAGCGUCUUAACAUCAACGUGCUGGCCAUUUCAACAAACGAGCAGUGAAAAAGAAGUCGCGCUUCCCCCAGCACUCGAGAAGUUAAAGCUGGACUAUGAAAACUACUAUCUGAAGGCAUACAGUGGUCGAGCUUUGAAAUGGGCAUAUCACCUGGGAUCAAUAGAGAUUGGCUUUCAGUUCUCAAAGAGUUAUCACAUUAUCACAAUGCCAGUCUUUGCGGCAAUAAUUUUAAUGCUAUUUGAAGACUAUGAUGAACUUAAUAUGCAGGAAAUAUUUGAUCUUACACACAUUCCAGAGCAAGAAUUAAUGAGGAACCUGUUGACAAUCGCAGUCGCCCCCAAGACUAGGCUACUGAAGAAGCAGCCCUUAAGCAAACGUAUUCUUCCCACCGACAGAUUCAGAUUAAAUUACUCGUUUUCAGCGCCUACGACAAAAGUUAAAGUCCUUGCUAUACUUUAUAAAGGAGACUUCGACGGUCAAUUCAACCCGCGGUCGAGUGAUUCGCUACAGGAUCUAGCAAAAGAACGCAUACGGUGCGUGGAAGCUUGUAUUGUCAGGGCAUUGAAAUUCGCAACAAAAAUGUACCACGACCCACUCUAUCAGAAAGUAAGGGAGAAUUUGGCCAAUAGGUUUGAGGUUUCUUCAACGAUGUUUCAGAAAAGCUUGGAUAAGUUGUUAGAACGAGAGUACGUUCAACGAGAUCCGGACGAGUGCACACUUUAUCAUUACCUACCAUGA